CGGAAACUCCCGCUAGCCUCUAUGAUGAGCUCGGCGCCAGAGCGCCCGGAAGCCGAGUCCCGGCUCCCGGAAGCGGCACCCCCCCGCGUUAGCAAGUCACGUCAGGAGGCGGCUGCGACUGAGGGGCUGGGGUGGGCCUAUUCAAGCGUGCGCAGGGCUCGUCUUCGCGAUGUCGCCUCCCAGCGCCAGUUCGAGGAAUCGGAGUCCGAGGAGGAGGGGGAGGAAGAAGAGGAGGAGGAGCUAGAGGAGGAGGAGCCCAGAGGGGUCUUUACCCGCUAUAAGCUCUUCCGCCCGCAGGUUAAGAAGUCAGCACACCAAGAGGAAAUGGACUGGUCCAAACUAAAACACCUAGGGCUGUACCAGCUCACCAUGGAUAUCAUUGUGAUGAUCCGAGUGUGUAAAAUGUUCCGCCAGGGCCUCAGGGGAUUCCGGGAAUAUCAGAUCAUCGAGACUGCUCACAGAAAGCACCCUAUCUUUUCCUUCUGGGACAAAAGGAAACAAGGCCGAAUCACAUUUGAUACUAUGGACUUCGUUGCAGAGGAGGGUCACUUUCCUCCAAAAGCCAUGCAUAUCGCACAGAAGCUGCCUUCCUGGAGGACAGAGUCUGAGAUCCAGACCCUCUGUAACCUCCUGCAGGUCCUGGACAGCUACCGAAACUACUCAGAGCCCCUGCAGCUGCUCCUGGCCAGAGUCAUGCGCUUUGAACGGUUUGGUCGCAGGCGCGUGAUUGUCAAGAAGGGGCAGAGGGGCAACAGCUUUUAUUUCAUCUACCUGGGCACCGUCGCAGUGACUGAGGAUGAUGAUGGCAGCAGCGCCUUCCUGGACACCCACCCCAUAUUGUUGCACAAGGGCGACUGUUUUGGGGAAUUGGGCGUUCUGACUCCGUCACUAAGGAGGGCCACUGUGGUCUGUAUGGAAGAAACAGAACUCCUGGUUGUCGACAGAGAAGAUUUCCUUGCGAAUAAGCUGGACCAAGAAUUCCAAAAGGACGCUCAGCAUCGAUUUGAAUUUUUUAGGAAGAUGGAUCUGUUUGAGUCAUUGUCUGAUGAGAAGCUCUGGAAGCUCGUAACCCUGGGGAAGGUGGAGAAGUUCUCGUACGGACAGCUGAUCUCAAAAGACUUUGUAGAAUCAUCUUCCAUCAUGUUUGUCAGCAAGGGCAGCUGUGAAGUGCUGCGUCUGAUAGACCUCAGGACCUCGCCUUUCUACUACAAGUGGAUCUGGCAGCAUCUGGAGCUGAUAGACAACAGACCUCUGAAGACCCACCUCAAUGAACCUUCUCCUGUGGAGAGAUUUAAGGAAUUUCAGAUCAAAUCAUAUCCUGUACAGGACUUUAGCUUUCUGAAACUUAAGCACCUCCAGAACUCCUGGGAGCCAAAGGGGACCGGCUUCAGUAGGAGGAUUAACACCUCAGGGAAUACUCUUCCAAAAAUGUUGGGCCCGAAGAUCAAAUCCAGGAAUCCUCAUUCACUUGAAUGUUCCAUGAUCAGUACCAAGUAUGGUGAUCUCCCUGAAGAGGCUGCAGUGGGCGCCUACAUCAAGAUCCACACUGUGGAGGAAGGAGAAACUGUGGGCCUUCACCAGAUCCUCCUCCCGGAGAACGAGCAUGACAUGCGGCCCUUGAUCCUCGUGAGCCUGGGAGCUGAGAUGAUACGGGUGAGGAAAGAAAAAUUUUGUGAACUGAUCGACAGUGAGGUAACAGAGAAGUUGUCCAGGUUCAAGGUCAACUACCCCAGUGAUGAAGAUCUGUGCCGGAAGUUCCUUCAGCAGAGCAGCUGGGAUAGCUUUCGGAAGGACCUACUGCGGCUGCUGGUGAAGCCUCGUCAGCGUCCACCGUUCACCCCAAUCCGGCCCAAGAAGAAGGGGAUCUACAGCCCCAAGUCUCUGAUUCUGGAUUUGUGCAGCUUCAACAAGGAGACUAAACCUUGUCAUACCGUUUUCGUGGCACCCCAGAAAUACCUCCUCCCAUUGAGGAUUGUCGAAGCCAUCACAGCACCCCGAUAUAAAAUCCAAGAACUCCUGCCUCAGUAUAAGAAUGCAGGAGUCCUUGUUUAGACCCAAUAAAAGAUGUUGGGUUG